AUGGAUGUAGGCAAGGAUGCUUUACCAGUGUCAGAGGAUGCUUACACUGGAAAAGAUAUAUUUUUAAAAGAGUUUUCAGGAACCACUGUUAGGACUCCUGUACAUAGAUUGUGGGUGGAGUCUGUUUACCAGUCUGAGUACCUGCCUGUAGGUAUUGCAGAUGAUUUGCCUAUUCCAGUUGUUGACCUACUACUAGGCAACAAUGUUAUGGGUCUUCUCAAAAGUGAGGAAUGUUUGGUUUGGAGGGAUCCUGAUUUAAAAGGUGUAAAGGUGAAAACUUAUGUUACUGUGACUGAAAAUUUUUCAGUGUGUACUAUGUCUAGCCAGAUGCAGCUUCUGGAUCUCAUCUACCGUCCACACCACUACUAUGUGAUCCACGUGGACAGGCGCAACACCCACAUCCGCAAGGCACUCAUGGCUCUCAUUGGCAAGUCGUUGCCCGCUGCAACCAACGUCAGAAUGCUACCAGCCUCGAGAUCCUACGUGGCUUCCUGGGGAUCCUACGGUAUCAUUCGUGCUGAACUGGAGUCCUUCGAGGAGCUGCUGAGGAUGGGCGUAUGGGACUUCGGGGUGAAGCUGAGUGGCGCUGACCUGCCUCUAAGGAGCGUGGAGGACCUGAGCGCCACCCUGGCGCCUUACCGAGGCAUCAACUUCCUGCCUCUCUUCGGACAGAGGAACAAGGACAUGAACGCCGACCAGGACCUGGUGUGGGACGUGUGGCACGGGUGUGAAGGUUACGUCUACAACGUGACCAGAGCUGGAGGUCAACCAUACCCAGAGGAAAUACCCAUCUACACAGGGUCGCAGUGGUCAGUGAUGAGUCGUGACCUGGUGGACUACGCGGUGACCUGGGAUCGUAGGUCAGGUACCAUCAACCGUUGGCACUACCACUUGCAGACCUCCAUCAUACCUGACGAGUCCUACUUCCCCACCGUCGCUAAGAACUCUCCAUAUGCGAACCAGACCUUGUCACUGGGGUUCCACUGGCUGAGGAAGUUCGAAGGUCGCAACACUAUCAAUCUCUGCCGACACAUGGAGGACACAGACUUCUGUGGGCAGGGUCCUGGGCCCAUCGACGAGGCAGACAUGACUGAGAUGAUUGAGUCUUCUCACCGGUAUUUCUUCGCUAGGAAGUUCCACACCCACACCACCUACCACCCCACCAGGAACAUGGUAAGGGCGCAAGUGAGGACCAAGUACUACUAUAACUUGAGGAAUCACUUGCCGGAGCCACUACUGCACCAGCUCAUCCAUCUGGCCUUUCCCCUUCUGCGUGACCAGCUGGCUGCUCACCCACGACUUGGCUCUCUCACCACCACUCCCGGGGAUCUGUUGGCACUCAAGGUGCUGCCUCGCCUGCAUCUAACCAACCCGUGUUGCUCCUUACCCUUUGAGAGGUCCUUCAAGAGCACACAAGAGUUCUUUUAUUGGCUAGACUUUUCCAUUGUGAGUCUUGGGGUACUCAUAUCCUGGCCGCAGGUAACACAUGCGUGGCGUUACAGGUGUGAGGAGCGCAAGACAGACCACUGGAACGCAGACCUGGUCCAGCCUAACGCAGACGGGGAGAGAGUCGAGAUGCCUUCCUUUUUCUCUGUCACUUGCGGAGUCAUGGAAACCGGAGCCUGGACACUCCGUGUCUACCAGGAAGGGGUUGAGAACGCGCGGCACUACGAACUCCCGGUGGUCGUGCUUCCAGGACCCCAGGAUCUGCCCCUUGACCCACACAUACUGGAGCGAGUCGACCUCCUUCAGGGCCUCUGGACCGUGGAGCAGGCCGUACUUUUUCCCUUCAACGACUACUACAAGGAUAGCCCGAAGCUGGUGGAGAGGGAGCCAGUGACACCAGUGUAUCAGCCCAGGAGCAGAAAUACUAAGACGAGGGACAACAAAGAGGAAGGAGAGGCGGCAAGUAAGAAAACAAGGCAAGACACUGACCUGGUCUCCAGGAGACGUACGUCUCUGGAGGAGGAGAGACCCUUCGGCCUCCACCACUACGAUAUCUUCAGGUUAGGCAUGGGGGCUUCGGCAACGAGGCCGCCUGUGGCUAAAGCUGCACAAAUCGCCACGUACAGAGCCUUUUCUAAAUUUAGUUUAACGGGUUGUAAUAAGAGUGGGCGUGACCCACUCGAGUUCUGUGCGUGGCAAAACCCUUUCUCUUGUGUGUUGUUUGAGAAGUCCUUAAGUGUAAUGGCUGAUGAAAAUGGAGCUCCAUUUCGGUGUCUUGUGUGUGGUCUGGUGUGUAGGAGUAAGAGUGGAUUGUCUAUUCAUACAAGAAAGAAGCACCCUGACGACUAUCAUAGGGGUGUGGAGGAGGCAACGGUUCAUGUGAAGACCAGAUGGACUAAAGAAGAGGAAUUGGUGUUGGCUAUGGCCGAGGUAAAGAUCCUGAAAGAAGAAAUAAGAGUUAGUCAUGGUGUCCCUGCGAGGAUGAAUUUGUUGUUGGCGGAUGUCCACACUGGGAGGUCGGUUGAAGCAAUUAAGGGCCACAGGAGGAUGGCUUCCUAUAAAGCUUUAGUUGAAAGACUUAUGUCUGAUACUGGUGAUGUUGGUAGUUUAAGGAUUCAAGAUGUUGACCGCCAAGAGGCGCGAAGCAACCAAAUUGGGGGUAGGGAAGGGUGUUAUGGAAUUGAAAUCUCCCACAAUGUGAGUGUUCCAACAGUACAAGCACUAACACAGCACCUACUUGGUGCAAUUAACCCAAGUGCAUACGCGAACACAUGUCAGAAACUACAGAACAUGAUACACUUUGUUACACGUUGUGUGGAGAAAAUGCGGGAGGGUCUAGGGGAUAUUGGUAUUAAUGUUUUAAAUGUUUUAAAUGUUUUUAAUGAGGAGGAUUUAUUUAGUGGAGAGUGUCAUUUAGCUGUGCAGAGUAUAUUAGAUGAGAUGGCACAAGCUAUGUUGAGUGGAUGCAGCCUGAGUGAGUGGGUAGCGUGUGGGGGUGGCCUGCUGACCACCCUGCUACUACUUAUCGUCAUCUACCACUAGGUCAUCCUGCCUGGUCUCUACUCCUACAAGCUCUCCCGCAGGAUGCGACGCUCUGCCAUCCUCGUCCUCCUUGCAGCUGUGGUGCAGAUCCUUGCCUGCGUUUACUACCUCAGAUGAUGUCACCUCUGAUGUAAAGACCACCACGACAUGAUGGUCGCUCAACAACCAUACGUCUCUGUCGUCCUUCUGACUGUCGUCCUGUACAACCAUAAGUUUCUCAUGGGAUGCUCAGUCGUCCUACACAACCAUACAUCUCUAUCGGGAUGUUCACUGUCGUCCUACACAUCCGGCAGAUACUGUACCAUUAAGUAACUACUUACAAAUAAGCCACUCUCGGGAUUAUUAUAAUAUUUAUGUGAAGCUGUUUAUAUUGGUAUUCCAACACAUAUUUAGGCUGUUAUCCCUAAGAACAUUGUAUACAGUAAGUUAGUAUCCUCAUGGAUGUUGUUGAAGUUGGUAUCUUAACACAUGUUGUUUAACCUGGCAUCUCAAUGCACGCGUUUAUGUUGGUAUCCCAAUGCACGUUGUUUAAAGUUAUUAUCCCCACACAUGUUCCUUAAGUUUGUAUCUCCAUAUAAGUUGUUUAAGUUAGAGAAUAGGGUCACAGUUCUACUCAUCGACUGUGUCGACAAGGUUGGUCAUUAUGCUAUGGUCACGUGCUAAACUGCUCGACCAUUGACCAUCUCUCCAGUCAUCCCUCCACCUCCAUGACUAAAGUGUGCUCCACAACAUCUCUCUUAUUUACGUCAGCAACUUCUGCAACACUAAAACUUAAGUAACUUCUGCGGCAGUAAUAUUUGGCUUCUGAAGACUGAUGUUUAAGUAACUUAUGUAACUCUGACAUUCAAGUAAUUUCAGUUGCACUAAUAUUUAAGUGACUUUUAUUAGACUAAUAUUUAAGCAA